GUGGACGGUAACUGGGGUCAUUGGUCGUACUGGUCGGGCUGUAGUGUCACGUGCUUACAGGGACAAAGAACAAGAUCAAGACAGUGUGACAAUCCAACCCCUUUGCAUGGUGGGAAGACUUGUGAAGGAGCCUCAACCGAGACAGGAGUCUGUGCUAUGAAGAGAUGUUUCCUUGGUAAGUGUAAAAUGUUUUUUUCUAAUGAGGACAGACUAGUCAAAAUUGUAGCCUGCGUCGCAGACAGUCGAAAUCCUUCUGGGUCUUAAGUGACAAGUCCCGCUGCCGCAACUCAGGCUAUCAAAACUGCUGCGGUUGUAAAAUUUAGUUCUCUAAAAGAGAAAUGCUAUCACUUUGUCCAAAACAUUUUCUUGGGUUCCGGAUGAAUUUUUUUUUACUUAUCUGGUUAAACUGAGUAAUAUUCGCCGUUUCACGUGAUGGUUUUUCCUUAGCUUAAGCAGCUCCUUAGAAUCUCGUAACGGGAUAUCACAAUUCUACAAGCACCAACUAUAACUAGCAGUAACCCGGGCCAGGAAAUGCAGGCGAAGAUGUGAUUUAUGAAAACCGCUUUCAUAAUUGUGUGAGCACUUUUAGUUCCAGUGUCAACCAAAGGAUAUCACUGCCGUUCAUGAAAACUGGAUUGACCAACACAGUAAAGAAGACGCAUAUUUAAUUCAACGAUUUUAUUCGAAGUUGCUUAGAUAUACAUUGAAACAGUAAUGGUACAAUGCUUGGAAACGUAUAAAAAUAUUAAAAACUAUACACUGUAGUAAAACCUGAAUAAACUUAAUUUACAUCGAUUUCUAGACUUUGCUAGCACUCGUGCCUUACCGAAAACUUGUCCCGCACUAAGCUGAGAUCAGGAUCUACUUUCAUUUUCCUGGGUAAAUAGAUUCCAGGCCGAAAAGGUGAAUCGAAAAAUCUCCCAUUUAGUACAGUUCUUGUGUACCUGAAUUACGUGAUGUAAUGAUUGUUGCGUCACUUGCACAGGGUGCAUUCACGUAAUAACUGUGACAUCCGACGCACCUUAAACUCAACACCAGGGCCUUCGCGGCCACCUACCCUGCAUAUUAGUGGGUACAAUACGGGUAUUCCAAGAAUGUGGACAGGUUCGGGAAAAAUCUCGCGGUACACUGAAUAGAGUGCCGCUGACCAAAAACAAAAUGCUAUCACGUGCACCUUGUGAUAAUGUGUGAUAACUUUAGGAGAAUAAUAGAGAGAUGUCGGUCACUCUUAAGACUUAAAAAUGGUUAAAUCUUAAAACAAAACCUAGAAUUGAUCAUCACCUUAAUUUCUACAGUUCAUUUUUUAAUGGUGUCCGUCUCGGAGACAAUUUUCUGUACUGAAGUAAGUUUCUUUUACAGUCGACUCUCCCUUAAAGGACUCCUCCAAGGGCCUGUUUACAUGGAGGUGAGGUACCCCAGGUGGGUGAGGUAACCCGCUUAGGUGGGGUAACCCGCCUGUCCAUAUAAUCUCUCAUUUUCAUUUGAUCACCGUUACAUGAUAGGUGGGGUGACACAUGUUACCUCACCUACCUAGGGUCCCCCACCUCCAUGUAAAAAGGUUCUAAUAGACUCUUUGCCUUUCUUUAUUCUCUUUAUUUGACUCGCUAUAUAAGACGGACAUUACUUUUAGGUGGAACUUUGUCAAGGAAUCGACACGAUAAAACACAGAACUAUUAACUCAGCUGUUCUCAAAGCAAAUGACUCAUUGUCACGUGCUCAUUCAACUGUCAAUCAAUCAAAUUGCGCCUAAAACCGGAAGCGGAGGCACACACUUAGGUGUCUGUCUUAUAGGGAGUUGAGACUGUAAUUUUUUCUUGUUGCAUUUUCAUCAAAUAUCGAUCAAACUCGGUCUUUGUACCCAAUUCAUACCUACAAUCAUCUUGACAACUGUCUCUCGAAUAAAUAAAUUAUAAUUAAAAGUAACGCUGACUUGCUGUUUAUUAUUUUUAAAACCCUUUAUUUCCUUCACAUUUGGAGAUCCUGAUGACACGGAUUUUGAAAAUGGCUUUGGAAUGUGGUACAAUAGUAACAACGACAAACUGAACUGGCAAAGACACCAAAGCUUCACAAAGACUGUGGAUACUGGGCCAAACGCUGAUCAUACUUUGGGUAAAUUUGUACUCUCGACUAUAAUUUGCGAAAAUAUUCUCAGUUGAUUCUUGCCUUGUUUUACCUAUAAGAUAUGCGCAUGUUCGUGACUUUAAACACGCUCAGUGUGUUGUGAGGGUGAAUCGUAGACCGUUAAGCAUCCAAAUAAUACGAAGGAUCACAUUUUGUAAUUGUUUCAUGAUUGACUAGGGUGCUAGGAAUCUCAAAUUAGGACUUUAUCUUUGAAAAAAUAAAUGUAGAGGUAUACUUAUUCUGGCGAAAUUAUAUUCAUGAGGACACUUAAAUUUGUUAUGGCCAUCAAAAACAUUUAUUUAAACAUUGGAAGUUUCUGGAAAUAAUAAUUUAAACUAAAUUUGAUUUUAUUUUAAUUAUAAUGACGCAGAAGGUAUAUUUCGUAUUGGGCGGAGUACCAGGCGUCUGUAUUAACUAGCUUUUAUCUAAAACGGUAUCCACGUGAGAUAACUAAGUAUCGCUAUCAUCAAAUAUAUUUUCUCUGUUGCCUUUUGAAGGGAAUAGUGCUGGUUACUAUCUGUAUGUCGAAUCGUCGAGUCCUGCACAAGCGGGCGACAACGCCCUGCUAGAGAGUCCAUGGCUGAAUCCAAUAACUGGGGGACAGUGUCUUCAGUUUCAUUACAACAUGUACGGAAAAACUACGGGUAAACUCAUGGUUCACUUCACAGAAAAUGGUGGAGCGAAAUAUCUCCUAUUUUACAAAGAAGGAAACCAGGGCAUGGGCUGGAAGAACUUUUCCAAGAGUAUUAACACCGCUCUUCAGUACAGGGUAUGUUAUGCUCCGUCUUUUAUCUGAUCGGGGGUAAGUGCGAUUAGGACCCCCAAAACGGGAAAAAUUUGCUCGUUGAAUCCGGAAGUCUUGGCUUGCAGCUCAACCAAUUCGGAAUCGUACUUGGACUUGGACGCUUGGAAUCCAGAAUCCACGUUCCACUGACAAAGACUAGAAUCUAGUACCUAGAUUCCAGAAUCAGCGGUGUGGUGUCCAAAAUUAAGGACUGUAUUGGAAUCCCUUGCAUGGGUCGAAACUGGAAUCAUAGGGUAAAACGGCUAAGACGCUUACCUGUCAAUGAACCCCUUUGUUUAAUUGCCAUCAACAGCUAAAUAGUACACUGGUUAUCAGAGGAGCUCUUUCAGCUAUAAUGUAGAUAAUCUUCAGUUUAAAAAGUCAAGAAUACAAUCGAUGAAAAAACUGUCGAACCUCUUUUCUUUCAGAUUUGCUCGCAAAAUCUGCGUUAACUAAAAAGUAUGCAUCCAUUUUUUGCAGCUCACAUUUGAAGCCUCCAUUGCGAGUAACGGUUACUCCGACAUCGCUAUUGACGAUGUUUAUAUAGAUCCUGGACUUUGCAGUAAGCAUAUCAUGCAUGGUUAUUUAUAAGAUGCAGAUGUACAUAACAGCCUUUACAAUGAAGCACUUAUUUUUCAGUACUCUUAAGAAAAACGAGAAAAUCAGAACGAAAAAUCGGAAGGUUUGACAAAACAUAAGAAGAAUAUAAUUAUUGCAUCACUUGUUUGACUGGCAGAUAGCUGGGUUUUUGGGUUUGAAUUAUUGGGUAGUUUAGAAACAACGGGUUCGAAGAAUAGACACAAUUUUGAGGCAUUUUUAGAUGACUGCUUUCCUGCUCAAUUGUUUCCCAUUACUCUUUAGUUAUCUAACGUGUCUCUUUCAACUAUGAUUCUUUAAAAACAAACAAACGAACAAACAACAAAAAGUGACUGUAUGCAGUGCUGGCACUGGGCAAUCGUUGACAGACAUAAUUGCGGCCAAAUUUUUAGCUAUGAAAAUUUAGCCUCCCUGAGGACCAGAAUUACACUGAAUGAUCUGUGGCUCCUAAAAUUUAUUUAUUUAAUUUUUAAUUUUCUACUUCCGGUUGGUAAUCGAAUUUCGUCAAAAUAAAGCGAAUUGAUGCUUGGUUCAUUUGUUUUUCCACAACUCUACUGUCUGAGAGGCAUUUUCUGCUUAAAUUUUCAAUAAUUGAAUGAAGUCAACUUUAAGAUCGAUGAAUGAACGGUAUAUAACAUCAUCUGUUGAUUAUCAUAAAUUUAAUUUAGUUUUCCCCUUCCCUCUCUUUUUAUUCUCUUCCUCUUCGUCGUCAUCGUCAUCAUCCCUUACUCGUUUUUAAAGUCGUAAAAGACUAUUAAACCUGAUGGUAAAGUAUAAAAACGUUUACGUGUUUUUUACUUUUGUGUGAACAAAUAGGUUGCAAAGACGAUGAUUCGAGAUGUACAACAUGGCAGCAGAGCGGAGAUUGUGAUAAAAACUCAGAGUUCAUGUUGGCUAGCUGCAAACUAAGUUGCAAAGUUUGCGGUAAGUGAAUUACCAUGUUAAUCACGGAAACCAGUAACCUGCAUGAACAUUUUGGACUCUUUCUAUCACCUCAAAAGUUCUCGAAAGAAUUUGUCCAAAAAGAUGAAUGGAAUUCUAAUAGUCCAACUGAAAAGUUUCUGGAAAAUGUUCCACCUCCAACGCUCCCGAGGCGGUUUUCGGUAUCCGUUCCAAAUUACGAGUUAUGGCUUCAUGUAAAUACAUUUCUGUUUGUUUACUAAUUAAUUAGAAUGCAAGGAUAUCCAUUCCUCUUGUCCCACAUGGGCCCAGGAUGGAGAGUGUGACAGAAAUCCUGCUUAUAUGCUGGAGAAUUGCUGCCAGUCUUGUCGUAAGUUGGGCACACCCUAUCAUAAUGCUACUGAUUGUUUUUAUUUCUUAGAUGAGUACCCUAAAUCCUCCAUUACGUCCCCUCUUAAAAAAAAAACCCUCCCUCCCCUCCCCUUACUUUAUUAUUCUUCACUAAUAAAUGAUAGACUGUAUGGAUCCAUCACGAUUGUAAAACUUCAUUGGACAGAUCCAGCGCGAAGGUUUAUUUACUUGUUGGAAGGUCAGAUUUGUUUUUGAUCCUUCGGCAUGACCUCAAACUUCUAGCCUUUACUUAUAAGCUUUCUUCACUUUGUAAUCUAAGUCUUUAUGGAGAACCGAUACAACCAUCUAAGAGAGAUAAUUUCAGCUGGAUAGGUUGGAUAUCACCUAUUUUUUUUUUUUUUUGAAAUCGCCGUUACUUCUUUAUACACUCCUUGAUAAACUCACCGCCUACUUGCAACACAGUGACAUAGGUUCUUUCAAUCAUGCGGCCAAAAGUUCCAGAAAACGUUUUGUGGAAAGUCAUAACUGGAACUCACUGACAAUAGUCCAGCGGAAAAAUUUUCCAUGAAAAAGUGGUCUGCUUUGUAUACUUUGAAAGAUUUCCCAAUGCUAGUUAUCUACUCUCUGUUCUCCGUUCGGCCUUUAACCCUUUGACUCCUGAGAGGGGUUUUAGGCGCUUUUCAGACGACGAAUUUUUCAUGAGCCGAACCUAAUACAUUGAAUUAAGUACACGAAGAGGUCGGCGUCUGAAUCAAUUAGUGACGCCUGUUUCAAUUUGGAACGGCUCACCCGUUCUUUUCGCCAGUAUCCCAGCCGGGAAUUUCGCCUUUCGAGCGACUUUACAACGACUUUGAUUUAGACGCAGAAUUUUUCAUGCACCGAACCUAAAAUGCAUAGAUUCUUUUAACGUACUUUGUACGCAGUUUGACCGAAAUGAGCCGUUUUUCUCCUUCUGAAUUUAAUAGUUCGGCUGUAUUUGAGUUCGUCGUCUGAAUCAAUUCAGCUGGUCUAAAAAGCUUGGUGCGACCUUAAUUCGAAUUAGGUUCGGCUCAUGAAAAGUUCGGCAUCUGAACCGGGCCUUAAGCGCGCUUCUAAAUGAUGAGGUCCCAUUAUAAAAAAAUAAAUAAACAAAUAGCACUUUUAUAAGGUCGUUUAUCACAUAUGACUCACUUUGCAGGGGCACCCUACGACAAUAUAGUUCAAAACCACUUAAACAUAGCAUUGUUGAACGGAUUUUAGUAUUUAAGAGGCAUAUAUAGGCAUAUUUUUAUCCCCUAAAAAUUUUUCAUCUGUUCGGAUUUCCUAGCUGAAAGUCUAGUGAUGCGAAACAUUCUCUAUUGUGCGAAAAUUAUAGGGAUCAAAACUUACCUUUUCGAAAAUUACACUCGGAAAAAAGGCUCCCGAAAAUUUUAGGUGAUCUUUUUAGGGUAAGAAUCCGUUUAAAAAAAUGGGCAAUUAUACCAUUUUUUAGAUGUUUGAAAAUCCUAGGAGAGGCAGGCAAGCAAAAAAUUUUACAACAAAUGUUCCGAAAAUUCUAGAUCUCAAAUCGUCUUCCGAACAGAUAUUUUCCAAAAUUUGUCGUUGGGUGCUCAUGACUUUGAAUCGGUUUUUGUUUGUUUCUAAUACAGUGGAAGCUCUCCUCACGGACACUCUCAAAGGUGGACGGCUCUACUUAUACGGCCACCUUCACAAAACCCCGUUUUUCUCAACUUCCACACAAACUCUGUAUUUUUACGUUACCGUAAGCGGUCAGCUCAAGUAACGGACCUAUUUCGCGUCCUGAGGGUGUACACAAGUUACGACAGCUUCAACUGUAAUGCCUAGUUUCCAUAUAGUCAGAAAGAGCAUAUUGAGAUCAGGAGCAUUCUCAAAUUUGGCGGUGUUUAUGGGCCUACAUUGAAGGAGAUACACCAUUCAAAAACUACAAAAUUUACUAAGAAAUAUAUAUAUAUAGGCGUUUGCAAGGUGUGUCCAGCAAUCCAUCAUCUCUUAUAAAUUUUCAAGUUUAUAAAUAGCUGCAACUUUUUCAAUAUUUUCCAUAUUAGUCCCAUCGGCACCAAACUUCAGAUUUUUUGUAACUUCAGUGGGCUUUCUGACUUUGUGGGUCUCGUGUUGUUUAUCCCAUUUUAUUAUACAGACACGAGUGUUUUACUGGAAAAUAUACCACUCGUAAAAUUCAUAAAAACUACAUCCGGGACCCGAGUGGUUGAUUUUCCAUAAUCUCACCCGUGAGUUUAUCGAUGACGUAAUUUUGGUAAUUUCCCUCUAUUAUUUUAUCGAUUUCAUUUUGUUUAUAUAAUAAAAAGAACAUUACACGGCGGCUCGGCUCUAAAUAAACCGACACGUACCCUGCCCCUCUCCGUUUGAAACUAUGCAAUAGAAUGGUAUUAUUUUACUUAAUUAAUCAGGUUGCAGGGAUCUCCAUUCCUCGUGCGCCACAUGGGUACUGAAUGGCGAGUGUGAAAAAAAUCCUGCUUAUAUGCUGGAGAAUUGCUGCCGAUCUUGUAAGUUCUACUGUGUUUCUCAGCCCUACAAUAGCUAGUCAAUAGCUGAGUAUUUAAGUUUUCACACUAAAGACGGAUCAUCUUUAUCUAUCCGAGACGGAUAAUUCAUCUUCAAAAUCCGUCACUGAAAAUUGACGGGAAAACAGAUGGAUAAAGUCAUGCAGAUUCUUUAUCCGAAAUUAAGACCGUUCCAUUUUCAAAUAUUAGACGUAUCGAUCUGUACUGACGCGAAUUAUCCAAAGGAUAACCCGCAGACGGUUAAUCCAUCUCUAGAAUGAAAAUGGCCAAUUUGGGUUUGAUCGAUAAGAUAUUGUCCAAUAAUUUGAUAUUCUAAAAAUUUAAACUCACAAACUACUUACAAGUGUGUUUAACUGAUCAUGAUAUGACGAAAUAACUUCCUCAAAACAAUAAAACAAGCCCACUGGCAAUUCAACAAGCAAUAUAACGAUUUGAAUGAAAAAUGAAGAAGAGACACUAAAAGAAAUCAUCACGUGAAAAUCGCUCAUGUAACAGUGGAAAUUUUGAUUUAGUUUUCUAAAUACUUUAUAGGCUGUAAAAACAAAGGCAAGAACGAAGACUGCAAUACAUGGGCGUCAGCGGGCUACUGCUCAACGAAUUCUGUCUAUUUUGACUUUAUGUACGUGAACUGCAAGAAAGGCUGCGGUUUCUGCUAG